UUUAGUUGGGAUCAUUAAGUCAAGUCUUUUAGCAGCAGGUCCCGGACAUGGCGAUGAGAAGCGAGGCUCGGCCGGAGGCUCAGGCGCAUGCGCAGGAGGAGGAGGAGAGUUAUGGACCUCAGCCUCUGUGCAGACUCGAGCAAUGUGGAAUAAGUGCCAGCGACAUCAAGAAGCUGGAGGACGCAGGAUUCCACACCAUCGAGGCCGUGGCCUACGCACCCAAGAAGGAGCUGCUCAACAUUAAGGGCAUCAGUGAAGCCAAAGCUGAAAAGAUUUUAACAGAAGCUGCCAAACUGGUUCCUAUGGGCUUCACAACCGCUACCGAGUUCCACCAGAGGAGAGCAGAAAUCAUCCAGGUCUCCACAGGCUCCAAGGAGCUGGACAAACUACUCCAGGGUGGGAUUGAAACGGGCUCCAUCACAGAGAUGUUUGGAGAGUUUCGGACCGGAAAGACCCAACUUUGCCACACACUUGCUGUCACCUGUCAGCUUCCCAUUGAUCAGGGAGGUGGAGAAGGUAAAGCUAUGUACAUUGACACUGAGGGAACCUUCAGACCAGAGAGACUCCUCGCUGUGGCUGAGAGGUACGGGCUGGUAGGGAGCGACGUGCUGGAUAACGUGGCCUAUGCCCGAGCCUUCAACACCGACCACCAGACUCAGCUGCUGUAUCAAGCUUCUGCCAUGAUGGCCGAGUCCAGGUAUGCUCUGCUGAUCGUGGACAGCGCCACAGCUCUGUACAGGACGGACUACUCGGGCAGAGGAGAGCUGUCGGCCAGGCAGGGCCAUCUGGGACGUUUCCUCCGCAUGUUGCUCAGGCUGGCAGACGAGUUUGGCGUUGCCGUGGUAAUAACCAAUCAAGUGGUGGCCCAGGUGGACGGGGCUGCCAUGUUUUCUGCAGAUCCAAAGAAACCGAUCGGUGGCAACAUCAUGGCUCACGCGUCAACCACACGAUUGUACUUGAGAAAGGGCCGAGGGGAGACCAGGAUCUGUAAGAUCUACGACUCCCCCUGCCUGCCCGAGGCCGAGGCCAUGUUUGCCAUCAACCCCGACGGCGUGGGCGACGCUAAGGACUGAACCGGCAGCAAAGUGCUGGUGGAUUUCACCCAGCCUGCUGGAACACAGGACCAAUCCUGUUCCUGGCUGCACUCAUGCACCACCACGUCUACGGUCCAGGUCCAGGUCUGCUCUCCAGGAGCUGGAACUACUGUGAAGUCGUUUGGAUUUAAAGGAAGAAGAGCAGGACGUGUCUUGUAAGAGUGAUAUCAACAACUGUCUGAACAUGUGACAUGUUAUCAGUCUCACAAAAAAAAACAUUACAUUUAUUUGUAGUUAUGAGAUCUUUAUUGUGCAAUUACAAGCAGACGGGAUGGUUAAAGAAUUCACCAUUAUAUUAAGUUUUUAUAAAUAUGGUAAUCUGUUUUGUCAGUUUCUGAGGGGUCAUUUAUAUGGACAAAUAAUAAUUUUGUAAAAACUUUAAUAGGUUGAUGUAAUUUUUUUGUCUUGAAGUUUCUGUAGUGUUUUUUAAGUUUUAAUGAAAAUGUUCCUACAAAGCUGCACUCAAAUGUGGUUUUUAAAAGGAAUGUUUUCAUCACUUGUCAGCUAAACCACGACUGUUCUGCUCCUUUCUGCUUCUGUACAUAUGCUGCAAAACUGCAUUAAACUUAUUUAAGGAUUAAACAUUUGUUAGGAC